AAUGGUUCUCCUUCUUACACCACAUCACAUUAAAAUCUCCAACCCAGUACUUCUCUUCCCUCCACAUGUAAUCCUCCGUCUCCCCUUUUAUUCCCUCUCCCUCCCUCUCUUCCUACACAGGCACACAUACUCUCAAUGGCUACGCUUCAGUUCCUUGCAUUAUCCUCUCCGAUUUCCCACUGUUCACACCAGCAACGUUUUCCUUCAGGUUUGGUUUCUUUACCUGGGGUUUGUCGGAGUGUGCAUUCCUCCUUCAGUGGCCAAUCACUGCAGCUACCCCAUCUACGGUGGGCCUCAUUAAGAGGAAGUUCCCAAACAUCUGGAGUAAUAAAAAUGAUGGUCAGGCCAUCAAUUCAGUUCAUCCAAGGAACUGAUGAGCAGACAAUACCAGAUGUAAGGCUAACCAAAUCAAGAGAUGGAACAAAUGGUAUGGCGAUAUUCACUUUUGAACAACCAUCUGUAUUUGAUUCCUCUAGUGAGCUUGGUGACAUCACUGGAUUUUACAUGAUUGAUGAAGAAGGUGUUCUUCAGUCAGUUGAUGUUAGCGCCAAAUUUGUUAAUGGAAAACCAGCAAGAAUAGAGGCAAAAUAUGUAAUGCGGAGUCCUCGAGAAUGGGACAGGUUCAUGAGGUUCAUGGAGAGAUACUCAAAUGAGAACGGAUUGCAGUUCAUCAAAAAAUGAGGCAAUACUACAGAGUGGAAAAAAUCAUGCUCAUCUCUCAAUUUCAGCACUAGCUGGUUUUCAUAUUAAUCAGAGCAAUAUAAAAUAGUGCGCCAUUAGAGAAGCUAGAGCAUUGGCUCGCACUUGAAUAUCUCAUUCAAGUGGGUACCCAGAUCUGUCAAUGCCUUAGCUGGCAACUUAGCAAGAAGUGGAGUUAACAGGUCUAUUCUGCUAUGGGGACAGGGACACCCGGACCAGGGAUGCAGCAAUGAAAUUAAUUGCUGCUUGUAUUUGAUUUCGGUGUAGCAAGUCUUGUAUGUUGCUUUUUUAUUUUUUCCUUCCUGUUAGAGAUAUUAACAACAAGGCUCUUCUUGGUUCUAUUAAAUUGAUGAAAUUUCUUUGGUCUUGCUA